CCAAGUUGUCUUAUUAGCAUACUCGCUUAAAACACUACUGUUGACAUCAAGAAUCGUUACUUUAUAAUAGUUGAGCGACCAGUUGACUUGUGGAAAUGGCUGAUUUAGAAAAUUUAAGUGAACGGGACCGCGCUAUACUUAGAAGUAUAUUUGAUCCAACUGCGACAAUCGGCGAUCUAGCUGACGAUGGAGAUAAAUUCAUCGAAGAUGAAGAUACUACAGAGAAAGACGAAGACUCUAAAGCGUUAUGCCUUCGAGCCGUGAAUCUCGCUGAAGCUGAAAAAUUGGAUGAGGCGUUGGAUCUCCUUAACAAAGGCAUUGAGAUGGCGCCGGAACGUGCUUCUGGAUACAACGACAGAGCACAGGUGUUCAGACUGAUGAAGAGAGACGAUGACGCUAUGAAAGAUAUAGACCAUGUGCUACAAGUUACUGAAGGUAAGAAAACACGUGCACGCGCUCUUGCACUAUGCCAACGAGGAGUGUUACUGCGCAAGCGCGGUGCAGACGACGCCGCACGAGCCGCCUUCACGGAAGCAGCUAAGCUUGGGAGCGGUUUCGCUAAAAAACAGGUCGUCGAACUCAAUCCUUACGCUGCCCUUUGUAAUCAAAUGCUGAGUCAAGUUAUGAGAGGUGAAAAGGAAAUCAAAUUAUAAAUAAUACAAUUCUUAAAUUAAGAAAUACUUUUUCUUAUUUCGUAUAAUAAGAUCUAUUUUAGGGUACGGAAUAAAUAAAACACUUGGAAUCUAAUGGAUUAGAAAUGUAUAUUAUUGAGUACAAUCCACGAUCACAUUUGAGAAAACCACACAUUCCUUGGUCCAAUGGACCAGACCAGAGUUACGAACUCUCCAUACACAAUACCACGAAUCCCUCGAAAAUGUCAAUUUUACGUUAUUUUGAAAAUGGCAAAUGUAACUACGAUUUGAAAUUCUGUAACUACGCUAUUAAUAUUAAUAAUAGUAGGUAUAUGCAAUAAAAUAUCAAAAGAUUGUGUGAGGAAUUUUUUAUAAAACGUCAACUACAUUAUUAGAACUUUCCGCACAAAAUCCUUUAUACAGUAGUAUUAAAUUCAAAACUUGAUAAUAUUUAUAUUAAAACUAGUGAGAGGCGACAACGGUACACUAUAACGCGAAUACAAAAGUGCACUUCGUAGAGUUAAAGUUUUUUAAUAAAGUAGUAAAAAGGUUUCGCGAGCCAUAAUUAACAUAAUAAAUGAACACCGACUUCUCUGCUUCAUUUGUUUUUU